GACCGCUGGGAAGAUGCUGAGCAGACUGAUGAGUAGCAGCAUCCGGAGUCUGGACCGGGAGUGCAACUGCACCGUGCGGCUGCUGGACGACUCCGAGUACACCUGCACCAUUCAGCGGGAUGCAAAGGGGCAGUACCUGUUUGACCUCAUCUGCCACCACCUCAACCUGCUGGAGAAAGACUACUUCGGCAUCAGAUAUGUGGACCCCGACAAGCAGAGGCACUGGUUGGAGUUUUCAAAGUCCAUUACCAAACAAAUGAAAUCUCAGCCUCCUUUCACUAUGUGCUUGCGUGUCAAGUUCUACCCGCCUGACCCCGCCGCCCUUCGGGAGGAAAUCACCAGAUAUCUCGUCUUCCUGCAGGUGAAGAGGGACCUCUACCAUGGCCGCCUGCUGUGCAAGACCUCGGACGCCGCUCUUUUGGCUGCCUAUAUCUUACAAGCUGAAAUCGGUGACUAUGACCCUGGAAAACAUCCGGAAGGUUACAGCUCCAAGUUUCAAUUCUUCCCCAAACACUCUGAGAAGUUAGAAAGGCGGAUUGCCGACAUCCACAAGACAGAGCUGAUAGGUCAAAGUCCUGAAACGUCAGAGCUCAACUUCCUCCAAAAGGCUCAGAUGUUGGAGACCUAUGGCGUGGACCCGCAUCCAUGCAAGGAUGUAUCUGGGAAUCCAGCAUUCCUGGCCUUCACUCCCUUUGGAUUCACUGUUCUGCAAGGGAACAGGAGGAUUCAUAUCCUUACCUGGGAUGAGGUGACCAAGCUGAAGUUUGAAGCCAAGACAUUCCAUAUUUAUGCAAAUCAAACCGAGGAUCAGAAGAUCAUACUGACUUACUUUGCGCCCACACCUGAAGCUUGUAAGCACCUAUGGAAGUGUGGCGUGGAGAAUCAAGCCUUCUACAAGUUAGAGAAGUCCAGUCAAGUGCGCACAGUGUCCAGUAGCAAUCUCUUCUUCAAGGGUAGUCGAUUUAGAUACAGUGGAAAAGUUGCAAAGGAGGUGAUGGAACAAAGUGCCAAAAUUAAAAGGGACCCGCCUGAAAUCCACAGGGCGGGCAUGGUGCCAAGCAGGAGUUGUCCAUCCAUCACGCACGGCCCACGUUUGACGAGCGUGCCCAGGACACGACGGAGAGCGGUCCACAUCUCCAUCAUGGAGGGUUUGGAGUCCCUCCGUGACAGCGCACAUUCCACGCCGGUGCGUUCCCUCUCCCACGGUGACUCCUUCCUGCCCUCCCACCGCCACACGGUGGACGGCCGAGAGGCGAGCGCAUCGGCGGUCAUCUCCGACGAGACCUACAGCCCCUCGGACAGCGUCCUGCCUACACCCGUGGGCGAACGCGGGAUGGAAAUGCACCUUAACGGCACCACCUACAGCGCCGACGAGAAAGACGACGGCUCAUCGCAAGGAGCGACGGACAAAAGAGCCGGGAGAAAAGCUCCGCGGGUGCUUAAAAGCCGACCGUCCCCCCCUAGUGAUGUGGAGGAGCUGCACAAGUUCAUCCUGAGUGUUCUGCGCCUUUUCCUGGUGACCAUCGGACUGCUCUUCGCUCUUCUGUUGCUCCUCAUCAUGCUGACAGAGUCUGACCUGGAUAUCGCCUUCCUGAGAGACAUUCGCACGACGCCUGAAUUCCAGCAGUUUCACUUUGAGUACUUUUGCCCGUUGAGGCGCUGGUUCGCCUGUAAGCUCAGAUGGAUGGGAGGGCUCCUCAUCAGCAAGUAAAAGGAGAUGAAGAAGAUGGCCCAGCUAUCCCCAUGUCACAAGCCACGGAUUGUCCAAUGUUUUCUUUUCAUCUGCUACUAUGGCAGGGAUCACUUUUAUUUUACUUCACAACGUCCAUUUUAAUUAGUUCGAAAUCUAAUUCAUGAAUGAGAUUAUAGUAUAGUGACCAUCCAAUUCAAAUGCUAUUUGGAAAUUAGUUUUUUUGAAGAUAUAAUGAUCAAUUUGGAUUGAGACUUUCAAGGACCUAACAAUUAAGUAGGGGGUCACAAUUGAUGCCUUUCUUUAGGCGCUGUUGUGGGGGUCGGGGUUAACACAACAUAAACUUAGUAAUAAAGGGAUGCCUCUCUGACUGUGUCAAUCGAAACGGAACAUUAUUGUCCAUAAUUUUAGUCGUAGCUCUUAUACUGGAGAUUGUCAGGAUAGGUAACAGCUAUAAGACAAUGUUGCGGAAGGCAAUCGAAGUGAUGCUGUGUUCUCAUUUCAAGCAAACAUUGAGGGUGAGAGAAAGUGUGAGGUGAAGAAGAGUAAUUUGUUUAUGGUAAUUAUAUGAUCAUUUUUGGUGUAGCAGGAAGGAUUUUUUUUUUUGUGCCACAGUGAAAUACAUAAUUUAAUUUUAUUUGAGGUACUAAAAACCUUCCAUGUGUUGAAAAGGGAUUCGGGAUGUCAUAAUAAUAAAUGUAGCACUACUGUUGAAGUGAUUUUUGGCUGCUCUGAAUAUUAGUCUUUUUUGUGCACUUCUUGCCAUUCGCUUUUAUCAUCCAAAGAGUUUUGAUGAAAGUUUUAGCUCAAACUAGCAGCCAAAUAAUGCUCAUGAAUACAGUACAAUGUACUGUACAAAGCUAGUCAAGUGUUUGACUUGUCAACUUGCAAUAGUACUACUCAGCCAUGUAAUGUAAUGUGCACAAGUGAGUAGAAGAGCAGCCUUUUCUUUAUUACCGUUUUUUUCCAUGUAUAAUACGCAAAAUUUAACUAAUUUAUUGUUCUAAAAUCUGGGCUCCGCAUUAUACAUGGGUACCAUUUAUUUAUUUAUUUUAACUCCGGAUAUGAUACUAUAUGAUGAUAAUAAUUUUACGUUUACGGACUUAAGUAGGAGUCCAAAUUUGGGUGCGUAUUAUACAUGGGUACAGGCUUUUUUCCAGCAUCAACAUGCCAUUUUUAGGGUGCGUAUUAUACAUGGGGGCGCAUUAUACAUGGAAAAAAACGGUAGUUAAAAGUUUCUUUUUUUUUUCAUUAUUACGCUGUAGAGACUCUGAAUGGAUUCGCAAUAGAGCCUCAGAUAAGUCUUGUUUGAUGUAAUGCUACUUUUAUCACCACACCAAAGAAAUGUUGUUCAUUGUUGCUUUAGCCUUAGCCUGCAGUGUCUUUGACUGGAUAAAAAAAAAAGGUACUUACAUUUGUAACAACUGUCUUUCGCUCCUCAGAUUAAGCGAGUGUGAAAACAUCAUCAAUUGUGUCAUGAAUGCAACGAUCGGAAUGGAAAAUACAAUGAGACACCUCACAUGUUUCUUUGUUCAUCGUAAACUUUCAGUGUUUCUGUUCCCACAUCGCAAGGUUUACUUGUAUGUGUUUGGUGUAGAAAGUCUUCCCAGAGCAACUGUAUUCAGCACUUAGAAUGAACUGGCCAGGUGUCCCAUUACUUUUGUCCUGUCAGGGGUCAGCGAUGAUGUCAUAAGUGAUCAUUUGCACCAAGAGUAGAAAUGCUCAUACAUAAACGAAUUGAAGUCAGCAAAUAUGAACUCCUAAUGUAUUCAGUGAUAUGUUGUCAAGUUCAGUCUGAAUAUGAUUUUGCGGUAUCCACAAAAAAAUUGAGCGCUACAAAAUUGAGGGAAACAAACGCACAACCAUGCACAUUUGGUUUCCAUUUUUGCUUCAUUAUUUCAAUGUAAAGAGCAAUAGUGUGAGUUUUGAAGCCUAAUCAUCAGAUUUGAGUUUUUUUGCAGUUACUGGAUGAUUCUCAGAAGGCCGGUGGAUGCAUGUGUGAAGGAUCUGUUUCUGUAGUGUUAUUCAAAUUCAUUUGUGCUUAUUGCCCCUUCGUGGACUUACUUUGCAAGUUUUGAAGCAGACAUACCCAUGGAUGUCGGUAGCAAAUCAAAUCCAGGACUUCUUUCUUGAAUGCAGAUCGCUGUUCAUCAUAUCACUGUGGAGAGCAGAUAGUAUGAUUGAUGGUAUGAUCUUACCGCACGUGCGUCUUCCGAUCCAUCGUGGCUCUGCACAUUGGACAGUGUCUGUAAGCAUGUCUUCUACAUUUAUUGCCUCCUGACCAGACAGAUUGAGUCAACUGAAGACUGCUGUGCUCUGUUUAUGAAUAAAUAUAUAUUCUUGACAUGUG